AUGCAGCCAGAGUCAGACGGUACCGAGCCAGACUGGGAAUGCUCUUCUUCUGAAAAAGAGAACGGACGCGAGCACGCCGGCUCCGAAGCCGAGACCAGACUUGACGAUUCCGUUCGAGAUGACCACAUCCCACUUGGCGUUGACCAGGGACGUGGAUGGGGAGGAGGUGGCGAUUUCGGACAUCUAGGGGAGUUAGUAUUGUGGGAUAGAAAGGGGGGUUACGUGGGGGGAAGGCAACAUUGUGUUCUGGGAGGAUGCAGAAUGGUCGGUGCAGGGAGGGGAUCUGUAUCAAGGUCUGUUUUGUGGCACAGCAAUGGGAAGGCUGCUCGAGAGUUAUAG